AUGCAAGAAAUACACGACCUCUCCCUACAAGCCGCGACCGACGCGGCAAUACGAGCGACCUUCCUCGCUCGCUACUCGAGCGUAGCGAAGAUCGCGGACGAUUUUGAGGCCACCCACCUGAAGGUCAUCCAAGAAGCGGCGAAUUUCGAGGUCGAGGACGAAAUCCGAGCCAGUUUCGAUAAAAUGCAUUACGCCUUUUCCGGCGACCUUACGUUGUGGCCUUCCUUCAUCGCGUUGUUCAACGCGUCGAUACACAACCAGCAGAUUUCCGCGAUAGAGAAAUACCAGUAUCUGCUGGCUUCACUCAAAGGGGAACCACUCAACGUGGUGAAAAACCUGCCGUUUUCUGAUGAGUACUAUCUGAUCGCUUACGACUCGCUGGUCGAUCGAUACCGGAAUAAGAGAAGGUUAGCGGACCAUCACUUGAAUUCGAUAAUCGAAGCAAAGCCAUUGAAGGCGGAGACGGCCGAGGCUCUUCACCACUUAUUAGAUACGUUUACCGAGAACACGCGCGCGCUCGCAUUGAUGAAGUUCCCUACCGAUUCAUGGGACUUUAUCCUACUGAGGUUUUUGUUAGACAAGCUUCCUCGUUCCCUUCGGGAAAAAUUCGAGUCGGCUCACCGGGCUGAGGAGAUACCGCGAUAUACACAACUCACGAAAUUUCUAGCGGAGCAUUGUCAGGUUCUCGAGGCCGUCGCGGGCCCGUCCUCCAAAACCAAGUCCACACCGGUCUCUUCGUUCGUGACUAACGCGGCCGAUUGCCCCGUUUGUAAGGAGUCUCACUACGUGUCGAAGUGCUCCCAGUUUUUAAAACUCUUGCCGAGGGAGAGGCAGGCUAAGGCUCGCGACUUGAGAUUGUGCCUCAACUGCCUGCGCUCGGGGCAUGGCAUGAAAGACUGUCCGUCCGCGUGGGCAUGUCGGUCCUGCGGCACAAAGCAUCAUACGCUUCUGCAUUACGAGCAGAGCUCUAAUACUACCCCUAAGCCCGAACCCAUUAGCGCGACUCCUGCCGAACCGGACGCCGUACCCGCUCCUCAGUCGGAGGAUGCGCCAAUUGUAACAAUGACUAGCCUGGCCAAUAGAAUCGUCCUCCUGUCCACCGUACGAGCCGAGGCGAUAGACGCGCGUGGCAAUGCGUUCCCCGUACACAUAUUGCUGGACAGCGCGAGUCAGGCCAACUUUAUUACCGAGGGCUGCCUCCGGAAGGGCGGCUUUCGUCGCACCAAACACAGUGCAACCGUGUUGGCGAUAAACGAAGCCAGGGCGGCCACGACGAGGGGCCUCACCUCUCUCGUGAUCCGCGGGCGCGGUCGCGACGACACUCGGUUCUCGAUAGAGGCUACGGUCCUCUCGCGCAUAACCUCGCCGCUGCCUAAUGACAAGGUGGAGGUCCAGCCGUGGAAACACUUGAAGGGAUUGCCGCUCGCGGAUCCCGAAUAUUUCGUGCCCGGCGGUGUUGACAUCCUCCUGGGGGCGGACUCGUUUGUGUCGGUGCUACGGGAGGGCCGUCGUAAGGGGGAAAGGGGAGAACCCGACGCCUUCAAUUCAGUCUUCGGAUGGGUUCUGACGGGCGCGGUAUCCCCAUCAGUCCAGGCAGCGCCCCUGAGGUCAUUCGCGACUGCGCUCGAGUCGAUCGCGACAUCGGUGGGUCGCUUUUGGCAAUUGGAGGAGGUGCCGGAGGACGCUUCUUGUUCGGACGAGGAUCGACGCUGCAAAGAAAUCUUCGCCAAGACCACGUAUCGUGACCCCUCGGGUCGUUUCGUGGUCUCGUACCCGUUCGUGUCGGAUCCUCCUACAUUCGUCGGCUCGCGCUCCAUUGCGGUUAGUCGUCUCCGCGCACUAAAACGUCGAUUUAAAUCUGAUCCGGAGUUCAGAGCUGGUUACAAUAGUUUCAUGCGGGACUAUCUCGAUAGCGGACACAUGGAGGUAAUUCGCAAUCCAUUCCCGUCGGAUGGCCACAUUUAUUAUCUACCGCACCACGGUGUGUAUAAACUCGAUAGCACUACCACUAAGUUGCGGGUAGUGUUCAACGCGUCAUCGCGAGGCCCGGACGGUCUGUCGAUCAACGACACCCUGCUCAGCGGUCCGAAGCUGCAGCAGGACCUGCUCGCCAUCCUGCUUCGGUUCCGCGCCGAAGCGAUCGCUCUAACCGCGGACGUGAAGCAGAUGUUUCGCCAGAUUUGGAUAAGCCCGGAGCAGUGCAACUACCAACGUAUCGUCUGGCGCUUCUCGGAGUCGGACCCCAUCUUCGACUAUCUCCUCAAAACAGUUACAUUCGGCUUUAGCGCCUCCCCGUUCUUGGCGAUCUAUUGUUUGCUCCAGUUAGCUCAUCAAUACCGCGAGAAAUAUCCUCUAGCGUUCGCAGCCCUACUCGAGGCGCUGUAUGUGGAUGACGUCGUGACAAGCGUUCGGACGGUGGAACAGGCUCGCGCACUCCGCGACCAAUUGCUAUCGCUUCUCCGAAGCGCCGGCUUCGAGCUUCGAAAGUGGUCGAGCAGCCAUCCUGCCGCGCUGGAGGGCCUCGACCCGCAGUUAUGUAGCCAAUCGAUGUUAGAUUUCGAGUCAAGCGAGGAUCAAUCUCAGAAGAUAUUGGGCCUUCGGUGGCACUCACAAUCUGACAUUUUCGGGUUUCAAGUCAACGCGUUGGAUCGUGAGUGCACCAAACGCACUAUACUGUCGGAAGUAGCGCGCAUAUUCGACCCCCUGGGUUUUCUGGCCCCACUCACCUUUACCGCGAAGUGCUUAAGUCAGCGUCUGUGGACCCUCAAGUUAGAUUGGGAUGAUGAGCCUCCGAUGGACAUUCGUCGCAGUUGGAGUCGUUUCCAGACGGAGCUCGGCGUGUUAUCUUCCCUUCGCGUUCCUCGCGCGUUUAACUUGUGCCAUGUAGAUCGCUGCGAACUCCACGGGUUCUGCGAUGCCAGCGAGCUGGGGUACGGAGCCGUGAUUUAUCUGCGAAUCGUUACGCGCGACGGCGUCGGGGUCCGAUUACUGUGCGCCAAGUCUAAGGUCGCCCCGCUUCGCCCCCUCACCAUUCCCCGUCUGGAGCUCUGCGCGGCUCUGCUCUUGUCUAAAUUAAUCGCGUACGUCCGGCGCACCCUCCGCGGACACCUUGACAUUGACGACGAGUAUGCUUGGACGGAUUCCGAGGUCGCCCGGGCCUGGAUCCGCUCAGCACCACAACGGUGGAAGACCUUCGUUAGAAAUCGCGUUGCCCUCAUUCAGGACAACGUGCCGGUAUCAGCUUGGGGUCACGUCGACACGGAGUCCAAUCCGGCGGAUCACUGCUCCCGUGGGCUUUAUCCUCGCGAUCUGGUGGCCAAUUCGAUGUGGUGGGCGGGCCCUGAGUGGCUUGUUCGCUUCGAACCCCGAGUUGAGCCUUCCCACGGUUCGGAAACCCCUCCGAUCGGGGAGGAGAAAAUCGUAUCGCUCGUGGCGCUCGAUCCGCCUGACGCGGUACAUUCAUUGCUCGAAAGAUUCUCUUCAAUCGAGAAAAUUGGCCGAAUUAUAGCAUACAUUCUCAGGUUUGUACAUCACUUCCGUGCAAAAUCUGCUCCUACGACUUUGGCCAUAGAUCAGCUCGAACUGCAUUCCGCGUUACUACUCGUUGUGAAAAGUGUACAGGCGGAUGCUUUCCGCGAUGAGAUCGAUCGUCUUCAAAGCGGGAGAAGGCUCCCCAAGCCCUUUCGCAAACUCGCUCCCUUCCUUGAUCCGGUGGGUAUUCUCAGGGUGGGCGGCAGGCUUGCAAAAUCCGGAUUGACAUUCGAGAACAAGCACCCUGCCUUACUGCCCUGUAAACAUAGGCUCACGGAUCUCGUUAUCGAGCACGUGCACCGCACGAACAUGCACCCUGGUCGGCGCACGCUGCAAUACCUGCUCACGCAACAUUAUUGGGUCCUCGGGGUGCAUCGCGCUAUACAACGCGUACUCUCGAGAUGUCAUCAAUGUUUCCGCGUAAAUCCACACACCUCUCAGCCCCUCAUGGCGGAACUACCGGCCGAUAGGGUCGAGGCCGUCUUGAAUUCCAGACCCCUCUGCCCGAUGAGCACCGACCCUGCCGACCUCGAAGUCCUAUCGCCGGGUCACUUCCUCACGAUGGAACCGCUCGUCUCCGUUCCCACUCAAGACGUGACCCCGUUACCGAUGAAUUGGCUGAGUCGGUGGCAACUCGUCCAACGAAUACACCAGGACUUCUGGAAGCGCUGGCAUCAGGAGUAUCUCCAUACGCUGCAACAGCGUCCCAAAUGGUGGACCUCAGUCAACCCGCUCGGUGUCGGUGCGUUAGUCCUCCUCAAGGACGCCAACAUGCCUCCUCUGCGUUGGAAGCGAGGACGAGUGGAGGCGCUGCAUCCGGGCAGCGACAGCGUCCCGCGUGUCGCCACGGUGCGGGUGGCGGACGGCACGAUCACGCGUCCCCUAGUGAAGCUGUGCCCCCUGCCGAUGGGCCCUGCUCCACAGGCGACCGAUUCAAAUUGA